AUACCAAAUGGCCGAUGCCAUGCCUUAUCCACUCACAUACUAACUAGACCCUCUCCAAGCAUACAAUUUUUUGCGCCUUAUCUUUGAAAAUAAAAUAAAAUAAAGAAGAAAGAAAAUAAAAAGAGGCGCUCUUCUGACUUUGUCUGCCCAUUCAAUCUCUCGUGUUCCCUUGUCACACCUCAAAUUGCUCCCACCAAAUCAUUUUCUCUCCACUUACCCAUUUUGCCCCUCGAAUUGCUUAUAGAGACAACUGAAGCUUUUUUUCAUAAUUUUUGAAAAACAUUUCACCAUCACUGCCGCCAUAGAUUCGGCGUUGCUUAUCACGGUCUGUUUAUUCUUCUCUCCCAGUAAUGGCGGAUUUAUCUCAGCUUGUAAACUGUGUAAGUUACGGCGGAAAUCGGGGGAGUAAAUGCUGCCUGCAACGAGAAGAACUCUCGCAGCUUGUCCCGCUCAUCCUUCGCUGGUAACGCUUCUGUUUGAGAGCUUUUAUGAAGGAAGAAAAUGGUGGAGUAGAGUUAUUUGAGAGGUGUGGGUGGGAUUGGAUUGGAAGUUAGUUUUUGGCACGCAGGGGCAAUUAUGUCAUUUCGUGGGUGCUUGACCUGGCAUAAUCAAUUUUGUGCCGUGUGGAAACAUCGCCCCAGCCUCUUUGCGUUUACAUGGGAGUGAGAGUGAGAGCGAGGCAGCAUUAUUUCUCUUGUUGCUUCGGGUAUGUUCUUUUUGUUUUCUUUAAUAAUUAUUCAAUAUUGUCAGGAACGAAUUUUUAAUGAAUACGUAUUUUUUGAUUGGCUCUUGUGCAAUUUUGUGGUUUCGUGAUUUUUCUCUUUCUUGCGACGUAAAUGAAAAUGGGAAGAGCGCCAUUUCUGGAGGAGUGUGAUUCUAUGUUGUUAGACAGCUUUGUUCUUGUAUAACUGGGUCGUACAUAGCGGGAACCAUUGUUAGAUUCAGCUUAACGCGUUGUGAAAAUGAGCAAGAAGAUGCGUGAUUUAGCGGAUACUAGUUUCGGUCUCUAAAUUUUUUGAAUAUGAGAAGGCAAUGAGAGUCUGCUCUCUGCAAGAGCUGCUUGAGUCGGAUGCUUAUAGAAUUGGGUGCAAAAUAGUUGAGCUAUGGUGUCUUUUCUUGGCGCUUCAGUCCAUUCCAGUUACUUGAGCUAUCCUUUUCCUGGGGAGGCAAAUGGAAUUCGAAUAUCUAAAGGUCCUGCUUCGUCAGCUGCUUUUAUGAGAAAGAGUGCCACAGGUCCGGAAUCAGUACCUGGAAAAUCAAUGGCUUCCUGUAUGACUCUUAUAAAAGAAAAUCGAAGUUUGAAACUUAGGAGCUCCUUAAGACAGUUUGCUAUUGCAUACCCGCACAAUGUAAAUGUUGAUAGGGAAUAUUCUAAAUUUCUGGGGACAAGGAAGUCAAUGGAUGCAAGAACCUUUCAAACGUUUAGUUUAUGCAGUAGAAACCCUGCAUUUUAUUGCAAAGCAACCACCUCUGGAGAUUUUUCCAACAGUACUCCUAGUCAAAUGAGCCAAUAUGAGAAAAUAAUUGAAACAUUGACGACUCUGUUUCCAGUAUGGGUGAUUUUAGGUACCAUUAUUGGCAUCUACAAGCCUUCAAUGGUUACUUGGUUGGAAACCGACCUUUUCACUCUUGGAUUGGGUUUUCUCAUGCUUUCAAUGGGGCUGACACUGACAUUUGAGGACUUCAGGCGAUGCUUGCGCAAUCCAUGGACAGUAGGCAUAGGAUUUUUGGCUCAAUACAUCAUCAAGCCAAUGUUGGGCUUUUUCAUUGCAAUGACGCUGAAAUUGUCUGCUCCUCUGGCAACUGGACUUAUUCUGGUUUCUUGCUGCCCUGGAGGCCAGGCAUCGAAUGUUGCUACAUACAUAUCUAAGGGCAAUGUUGCACUUUCAGUUCUCAUGACCACCUGUUCAACCAUUGGUGCUAUUGUGAUGACUCCACUAUUGACUAAGCUUCUGGCUGGUCAACUUGUGCCAGUCGAUGCAGCUGGCCUAGCUAUCAGCACUUUUCAGGUUGUGCUAGUACCAACUAUUAUUGGGGUCCUAGCAAACGAGUAUUUUCCAAAGUUCACCUCGAAAAUAAUUACUGUCACACCUUUAAUUGGAGUUAUCCUGACCACCCUUCUCUGCGCAAGCCCGAUCGGUCAAGUUGCGGAAGUCCUGAAAACUCAGGGAGCACAGCUGUUAUUACCAGUCGCCUUCUUACACGCUGCUGCAUUUUUCCUUGGUUAUUUGGUGUCGAGAAUAUCAUUUGGUGAAUCAACUUCCAGAACCAUUUCUAUAGAAUGUGGAAUGCAGAGUUCUGCACUUGGAUUUCUAUUGGCCCAGAAGCACUUCACAAACCCCCUUGUCGCCGUUCCUUCUGCCGUGAGCGUCGUCUGCAUGGCGCUAGGUGGAAGUGCUCUUGCAGUGUAUUGGAGGAACCAGCCAAUUCCAGUUGAUGACAAAGACGAUUUCAAGGAAUAGCCAAUCAAGAUUUGUAUCAUUCAUUUAGGAGGCAGACGCUUUUUCCUUUGUAUGAUCACCAUUCUAUUUCAAUUUUGGCCUACGUGCUUGCUUACUCUA